AUGGGCGAAACCGUGAAGAAGGAAGUGGAAGACGGAGAUUCGAGCAGAGCUUCUCCGAUGCCGCAUGACGACUCCAAAUCCGCCGGUGAAGACGACGCUGCUACUCUCACUAGACUGUCUCUCUCUCCUGACUCUGCUUACGCUAACCCCAACACCGACCUUAUUCCGAUCUCGGUGCCGCUGGACAUUCCGAUUGAAAAGAGAAAGAGGCGUUUGAAGAUCAAGCUCUCCUGUUCCGAUUCCAAAAUUGAUCAUGCAAUGUCCAGUCAUGCAGGGAAGUGCAUAAGUUGUGGGCAACAUGAGGCUAGGACGGAUGUGCUGAGCACUCCUAAGGAAGUCAAGUCACCAGCUCUGAUUCGUGCUGAAGAAAUUCAAUCAAAUUUGGAACCUGAAUUUCCUAGCUUUCUGAAAGCUUUAGUCAGAUCACACGUCGGAAGUUGCUUUUGGAUGGGUCUUCCUGGGCCUUUUUGUAGAGCAAACUUACCUCAAGAGGAUACUACAGUUACUCUGGAAGAUGAGGAUGGGAAGGAAUUCAACAUCAAGUACAUUGGAUAUAAGACGGGAUUGAGUGCUGGUUGGAGACAAUUCUGUGUUGCCCACAACUUGCUCGAAGGAGAUGCUUUAGUAUUCCAGUUAGUUGGAAACUGCAGAUUCAAAGUUUACAUAAUAAGGUCCAAUGAUUUGGCCGAAGUGGAUGGGGCUUUAGGUCUACUGAAUUUGGAUGCUCAUAUAAAACAAAAUGGCGCAGAUUUCAUGGAACAAAAGGGUAAUGUAAAUGCAGUAAUGGCCAUUGUACCCAGCAAAAGUGCCAAGAAAAGGCGCUGUAAAGUUCCCCAAUCAUCUUUCCUUCGAAAGAAGAAGAGGAAGCCUAGCAAGCCAAGAUCAUCAUUUCAUGACGGGCAACCACCAGCUGGGCAAUCUGAAAACGACAGCGAAGAAGUUGGUUCUGAAGUCUUGGAAGGUUUCAAAUUAUCCUUUCCUGGACUUAAGUUUGAAGAUAUCCAAAGCUUUGAGGACUUUAGCAUUGUGAUCGAAGGGUUAGUCUUAGAUUCUGAACUAACUGAAGACGUACGAAGAAAGUACUACAAGCUCUGUUGCUGUCAAAAUGCUUUCCUUCAUAAAAAUCUCAUCAAGGGGCUCAAUUUCAAGCUGAUUGCUGGGGUCAUUUCUGAAACCAUUAGUAUUGCUGAUGCCAUGAGAGGUUGCGAUCUUUCAACUUCACAGGAUGAGUUUGCUACCUGGGAUAAGACAUUGAAAGCGAUUGAGCUUUUCGGUAUGAAUGUCGGGUUUCUACGUGCUAGGCUAACACACCUUGUUACCCUUGCCUUUGAUUCUGAAGAUGCUGCAAAAACAAGAAGGUACAUGGAAGCUAGAACUGAGAGACUCCACAUUGAAGAUGAGAUAAGAAACAUAGAAGCAAAGCUUGAAGGACUGAAAGCAACGCAUGAAAGGUACGGAUCUGAUGUCGAGAAUCUGAAAACAAGAGCUGAAAGAUACGAGGUCAGGUUUAACCGGGAGGUUCUUGCUCCAUGGUAA